AUGGGUUCACUUGAGAGAACCGACCCCAUUUCAGGCUCCCGGAGAACGCAUACGCUAUCCCGCAUCACCAAUGAAACCAAGGUCCAGGUCUCUCUUUCACUCGAUGGAGGCUCUUUGCUCCCAUUCGAGAACUCUCAACACUUUCCUGACCCGAUUCCUGAAUCACAGAAGCAAUCGCAUCCAGACGUUCUAUUUCCUCUCCCCAGAUCACAUCAUGCCACCCAAAUAACAGCUUCUCAACAAAUCGCCAUUUCAACAGGCGUUGGAUUCCUUGAUCACAUGCUGCAUGCUGUCUCAAAGCAUGCUGGAUGGUCUCUAGCUAUCCGAGCAGUCGGAGAUCUCAUCAUCGAUGACCAUCAUACUGCGGAAGAUGUCUUUCUCGCUCUUGGAACUGCCUUUAACGCCGCAUUGGGGAAGCGGGUUGGAAUCGUACGCUUCGGCAGGGGUGAUGCUCCCCUCGAUGAAGCUUUGUCCUGGGCUGUGAUUGAUUUAUCCAAUCGUCCAUACAGUGUCAUAGACUUUGGCUUCACCAGAGAGAAGGUUGGUGACUUAAGCACAGAGAUGAUCACUCACGGACUGGAAAGCUUUGCCCAAGCAGCGAGCGUGACACUGCACGUGAAGACGGUUUAUGGGCACAAUAAUCACCAUAGGGCAGAGAGCGCAUUUAAAGCGCUCGCUGUUGCGAUCAGACAGGCUUGCGAGAGGAGGGCUGAAGGUAGUGUUGGGAGUGGAGAUGUCACCAGCACCAAAGGCGUCCUAGGCUCUAAUGUCAAUAGCUAG